CUCGCUAGAGCCGGCUACGCUCUGUCAGCGCCCCGCGCCUCAGCCUCCGGCCGAGUGGCCGGAUGAGGGGCGCCAUGGAGCUGGAGCCCGAGGUGCUACUGCAGGAGGCCCGCGAGAACGUGGAGGCGGCGCAGAGCUACCGGCGGGAGCUGGGCCAGCGGCUGCAGGGACUUCAGGAGGCGCAGAGGCAGGUCGGAGGGCCGGGCCGAGGGAGGGCGCGGGCAGCGGGCACUGGGGGCGCCGAGGCUCGGGCGCUGCGAGUGUCGGAAAGCUUCGGCCCAGAAAGGAGGGGCGUCGAAGGCUCCCCGAGACCUAGGAGGGUCUGGGAGUGGGGAGCGAGACGCUGGGGGUCUGCAGGAGAAGGUGAGAUUGCCAUUCUUGGUGGUGUAGAGGAACAGAAUGAGAAGCUGUGGAGCUUUACCAAAAAGGCUUCACACAUUCAAUUGGACAGCUUACCGGAAGUGCCUUUGCUGGUUGAUGUGCCUUGCUUAUCUGCUCAGUUGGAUGAUUCCAUUCUUAACAUAGUGAAAGACCACAUUUUUAAACAUGGGACAGUGGCGUCCCGUCCACCAGUACAGAUAGAAGAGCUGAUAGAGAAGCCUGGGGGCAUCAUCGUCCGAUGGUGUAAGGUGGAUGACGACUUUACAGCCCAGGAUUACAGGCUUCAGUUCCGUAAAUGUACUUCAAAUCAUUUUGAAGAUGUAUAUGUAGGCUCUGAAACUGAAUUUAUAGUACUGCACAUAGACCCUAAUGUUGAUUAUCAGUUCAGAGUCUGUGCCCGAGGAGAUGGCCGGCAGGAGUGGAGUCCUUGGAGUGUCCCCCAGAUAGGUCAUUCCACAUUGGUGCCUCAUGAGUGGACAACUGGCUUUGAGGGGUACAGUUUGAGCAGUCGAAGAAAUAUAGCACUCCGGAAUGAUUCUGAAUCCUCCGGUGUUCUCUACUCCAGAGCGCCAACCUAUUUCUGUGGGCAGACAUUAACAUUCAGGGUUGAAACUGUGGGGCAGCCAGACCGCAGAGACAGCAUAGGAGUGUGUGCAGAGAGGCAGAGCGGGUGCGAGUCUCUGCAGCGGGACCAGGCAGUGUGCGUCAGCACCAAUGGUGCAGUUUUUGUAAAUGGAAAAGAAAUGACUAACCAGUUGCCUGCAGUUACUUCUGGAUCUACUGUCACAUUUGACAUCGAAACUGUGACUCUUGGAACGACCAGUAUUAAUGAAGGAGGAAACUUUAAGCUCCGAGUAACUAUUAGCUCAAGUAACAGAGAAGUGGUUUUUGAUUGGAUACUUGAUCAGUCUUGUGACUCCCUUUACUUUGGGUGCUCGUUUUUCUAUCCUGGAUGGAAAGUGUUAGUAUUUUAGAGUUUGGGGUGCGUCACUUCAGUUUGAGAAGUUGGCUAUUGCUGUCCUUAGCCCAGUCUAGUCGUAACUGGUUAAAGGAAAGUUGAAUUCAUCUCUCAGGCCUCUGAAAAUGGAAGGUGUUUACUGGAUUCAUUUGUAAUACAGUGUUUUAACAAUAAGAGAAUUGAAUGGUGUGGACAAAACUGUACUUCUGUCAAUUUUGUUAUUAGCAUAUUGUUAAUUAAAAGAUCACAUUACAAGAAAAAUCUGAUUAGGUUUAAAUAUCCAGGAGGAUACAGAAAGUCUUAUACCCUCCUAGUUCUUCUUAUACUUAGUUAUUAGGAUAGAAGAACUGAAUGUAACA